UCGUGCCCGCUGUCGUUUGCGCGCACCGCUCCUCCGCCCCCUCCUCCAGCUCCUGCCCUGGCUUCCCCCUCCUCCUCUCCUCCUCCUCGUCUCCUCCUCUCCUCCUCUCCUCCUCCUCGUCUCCUCCUCUCCUCCUCCUCGUCUCCUCCUCCUCCUCCGCCUCUACCCGUCAUCGCCACUACAGACGCCUUCGCCGCUCGCUACUCCCUGCGCUGCAGCCGCCGCUCCUCCUCGCGCUCCCUCCGGCUUCCUCCAGCGCGUUGCUCCUAGCUGGUUGCUGCAGUCUCAGUCUCUCUCUCUCUCUCUCUCUCUCUCUCUCUCUCUCUCUCUCUCUCUCUCUCUCUCUCUCUCUCUAAGUUUUCUAGCUCCUCACGAUCAGGGCAAAGGCACGGAAACAUCGAAUCCCGCUUGCUGCUUCAGGAGGGAUGAUGAAGACGACAUUGUACCUCUCCAACGUGCAGUCGCUUCUUCUUGUUUUCUUGGUGUGGGAUCCAGCCAGGUUGGUCCUGGCUAACAUCCAAGAAGAUGAGGCUAAAAAUAAUAUUACCAUCUUCACAAGAAUUCUAGACCGACUUCUGGAUGGUUACGAUAAUCGGCUUAGACCAGGCCUGGGAGACAGCAUUACUGAAGUCUUCACUAACAUCUACGUGACCAGUUUUGGCCCUGUCUCAGAUACAGAUAUGGAAUAUACAAUAGAUGUUUUUUUUCGACAAAGAUGGAAAGAUGAGCGUUUAAAAUUCAAAGGUCCUAUGAAUAUCCUUCGGCUUAAUAAUUUAAUGGCCAGCAAAAUCUGGACUCCGGAUACCUUCUUUCACAAUGGAAAGAAAUCCGUAGCUCAUAAUAUGACAAUGCCAAAUAAACUACUUCGAAUCCAGGAUGAUGGAACUCUGCUAUAUACAAUGAGGCUUACAGUUCAAGCUGAAUGUCCAAUGCACUUGGAGGAUUUUCCAAUGGAUGCUCAUUCGUGUCCUCUGAAAUUUGGCAGCUAUGCAUAUACCACCUCUGAAGUCACUUAUAUAUGGACUUACAAUGCAUCUGAUUCAGUACAGGUUGCUCCUGAUGGCUCCAGGCUAAAUCAGUAUGAUCUACUAGGCCAAUCAAUUGGGAAAGAGACGAUUAAAUCCAGUACAGGUGAAUAUACUGUAAUGACAGCUCAUUUCCACUUGAAAAGAAAAAUUGGAUAUUUUGUGAUUCAGACCUAUCUACCCUGCAUCAUGACUGUCAUUCUCUCCCAAGUGUCAUUCUGGCUUAACAGAGAAUCUGUGCCUGCAAGAACCGUAUUUGGAGUAACCACGGUUCUAACAAUGACAACUCUAAGCAUCAGUGCUCGGAAUUCUCUCCCUAAAGUGGCUUAUGCCACUGCCAUGGAUUGGUUUAUUGCUGUUUGUUAUGCAUUUGUGUUCUCUGCCCUAAUUGAAUUUGCAACUGUUAAUUACUUCACCAAAAGAGGAUGGGCGUGGGAUGGGAAAAGUGUAGUGAAUGACAAGUCCCCUUCAAUAAAAGCUGAAGGCAUUAUAUUAAAAUACAACUCAUUGAAGGCAAUUCUUCAAGGAGCUAAACUAAUAUGGUUCAAGUGUAUAGCUUUCUCAUGGCCCAAUUUAACCCAAGGAAAGACUUUAGAGUACUUAGAGAAGUGGAUGGACUGUUUAACCUUCAAACAAUCUUCUAAAAAAGAGAAAGCAUCUGUCAUGAUACAGAAUAAUGCUUAUGCAGUGGCUGUUGCCAAUUACGCCCCGAAUCUUUCAAAAGACCCAGUCCUCUCCACCAUUUCCAAGAGUGCCACCACGCCAGAACCCAAUAAGAAGCCGGAAAACAAGCCAGCUGAAGCCAAGAAAACCUUCAACAGUGUUAGCAAAAUUGAUAGAAUGUCCAGAAUAGUUUUCCCAGUUUUGUUUGGUACAUUUAAUUUAGUUUACUGGGCUACAUAUUUAAACAGGGAGCCUGUAUUAGGGGUCAGUCCUUAAAUCUAGACAUAGGUUAUCUUUGGGAUAUUUAGUGACCUUAAACUUGGUUUGUUUUGCUAUGUACAGUUGACUAAUAACUGCUAAUUUGUCAAUCAGUAUGUACAGUAUGUAUAUAGUGAUAUAGCGUAUCAGUAGACCUUUCACAGAGGUAUGCAUUUGCUAAUUUACAGAAAUGUGAGCAGAAACACCCUAAACUAAAAAGAGCCAUUGCCUUUUUUAAAGAUUUACCAAGGACAUGGUUUAUAGUGGUUUUCAGAAGACCUGAUUUAUUUCCUAUUCUUCUAAUAAUAAUGAAAUUUGAGAUUCUAUAUAAUCCUUUAUGGAAUGUUUGAUUUUGGAGUAUUUUUUACUGUUGGUUAAUUAUAAUAGAAGAUAAUGUCGGUAAAGAUAAAUUCUCCGCAGAAUCUCAUAUCUGCAACAUCACUUCCCCUCAUGAGUGCUCAGAAUCCCUGCUAUUAUAAUUGGAAGCUUGACGUACAUAAAAAGAAAAACUAGAGAUUCAAAAUCAGCUUUUAAUUACUCUGUAGAAUAUCUAUAGCCUUGUACAUAUUAUAGCAUGACAAACUCAAGUAAUUAUGAGUCACCCUGACAAGAUGUUAAUUAUGCCUACAAUUUAAUAACUACUGGACUGUCAUGGUCAGUAUAUUUUUAGCUUCAGAAUUCAUUUGAAAAUAAUUGAAAUUCUGCGACUUACUUCAUUCACUUCAAGCUACCUAAAAUUAAAAAUAAAGAGUAAAUGUGUCUUACUCUUUCCAGGUAUGUGUUGUACUAAAAUUUAUCAGCUAAAUUAUUUCUUUCCUUUCCUCCUUUCCUUCCUUCCUUUCUUUCUUUCUUUCUUUCUUUCUUUCUUUCUUUCUUUCUUUCUUUCUUCUUUCUUUCUUUCUUCAUUUUGGUGCUGGAGACUGAAAAAUUACCCAGUUUGGUUGCUGUUGAGCAACAUUCAUAUUGGAUUAGAAAAUUGUGCCAAAAACUCCAAUUGCUGAGAAUUAAUAGGUGUCCCAGACUACAGAUGAGCACUUAUAAGAUUCUCUUCUUUCCUGUUUACUGCAAAUUCUGCCUUAAGGCUUCUUUUCAUCAGGACUCAGAAGCCACUAAUUAAAAAGGAAAGGGUAGUUAGUUGGCACAUUUUUCUGAUUUGAAAGCAGCUCUUUAAGAAAAGAAUUAAUAUGUAUCUGCUUUUGUAAACUGCAACUUUAAAUUUCACUGACUCAAAUUUACAACAGCUUUGUAUACCAGAAAAGGUUUUGGUAAGAGAUGAGCAUUUUUAAACCAUGAACUUCAAACAUCACCAACAGAUUGUGGACAAUCUUUGCACACACACUGAAACACAUUCACACACACAAAUAAAUGAGAAGCCACAAUUUUAUACAACUAUGAAUUAAUAGUAAAAUUUGUUUUUAUUUUAAUAUUUAAAAAUGUUCCUUAUGUCCCUGAAAUAUGCUAGUAAAAAUUAACAAAUACUUGCCUGGAUUCAAAGUUUUAUGGCAAACCUAAAAUACUUUUAAUUGACGUGUACAUUAGCAGUUAUUAGUUAACUUGUAAUAAUAAACGCACCUUAAUGAUGUUUUUGUAGCAACAUAAGUAGUCAAAUAGUAGCAUUUCUUGCAAUUUUGUACAGUAUUUGAUUAUAGUGCAAAAAUAAGUAUGUUCACAAAAUCAAUAAAAAGAGUAUCUUAUGGAAAAAAGCAAAAUGUUAACAAAAAUUGUUUUCCUUUGCCUCUCAAUUUUUCUAUUUUCUUUAAGUGUGAAAAUAUUAUGUGUUGUGCAUGAUUGUAUUAAUACUAAGGUCACAAAUGCAUCUGAUUAACCAAGUCUCCUGUAAAGACAGUUUUGGCAUUAAAAAUUCCCUCACAAAAAUAAUCCAUAAUCCUUAAUAAAAUUGUUACCUGAGCCAAUAAAUGCAUUUCUUUAAUUCCCUUUCCAUGAAUAUUUUUUGUUAUCUAAGUAGUUUUAAAAUGUUCACUCUAUGCAUACAUUGGAAUAGAAGAUACCCUAUUUUCUUACACAUUUAUAUAGAGCACAGCUCCUUGAUAUAGCCUAGAUAUGUGUGCCUUAGUAUAUGGAAGUAUUAGUGCCCGAAGGCAAGCAAGGAAAAUGCUUUUUAUGGUAUAUGUUAUUAAACACUUUAAAAAUAUUUUUAAAUUCUGCACUGCUCCUUUAGUGUCUAUCAGUUAUAAAUAUGUACAUAUGUAAACGUAGUUGUAAAUAACAGUUUCUGUAGGAAAACCGAAGAUUCAUCUGAACCCUGGGGAAAGGAUUGUGACUACAUUUAAGGCAACUGUUUUUAUGAGUGUUUAUAGUAGAUUUACCAGAAAAGCUGCUGUUAUUGUUACGCUUAGAAACAAUUGGAAUUUUUCGUUUCACUCAUUAAAAUCUUAUUUUAGCCUAA